AUGCCCUUUACAAAGGAGGCUAAAAAAAUAGAAGAAAAGCAAAGAAAGUCUCUCCUUGGCCCUAAGAGUCUUCCCCAAUCAUUGGUAGUAUCAAGAAGGUCAGAACUUCAAGAUGGUUCCACACAUCAAAUAAAACCAGUUCAGAAAAAUGUUAGAAUAUCAGAACUAGUCAGCUACAAAUCAAAUAGUACAAACAAUUUCUGCCUUACAUCGCCAUCCAAGAGAAACAGACCUAUCAGUGCUCCACCAGGUCAGCUAAGCAGAUGUCAACAAUCUUCCUCAAAAUUGUACUUUACCCAGAAGGCUUCUGAUGUACCCCAGGUUUUUAAACAGAAACCACAGAUACUCAGAGUAACUGCUUAUAAAAAUGGUGCAAUAAAUAUAUUUGCUAAAGUUACUGUGCCACCUUCCAUUAAAUUGCUGCUGGAGGAAUGCACUGAAAAGCUGAAGCUGAAUAUGGCUGCCCGACGAAUCUUCUUGGCAGACGGCACUGAAGUACUGAAUGCUAUAGACAUACCCCAUGAUGCUGACGUUUAUAUUUCAACUGGAGAGCCCUUUUCAAAUCCAUUCAAAAAAAUCAAAGACCAUCUGUUGUUAAUGAAGAAUGCAACUUGGACACUGAAUGGUCUCAUUUUUCCUAGAGAUGUCAAGAGAAGAAAAGCUGAGCCUGUGCUUUCCAAACGUAUGAAGAAACUUACAGAAAAGCCCAAGAUCAGACUUUUGGUGUUUAAGAACUGCAUGGGACAGGAUGGUUAUGAAAUAGCAGCAUCUCCAAACCAAAUUGAAAAGUUUUUAGAUAUUUGUACCAUGAGACUGAACCUUAUUUCACCAGCAAAGUAUAUAUACAAUAUGCAUGGAGAAAAAAUGGAAGAUCUCCUAAAUGGUAAGAAUUGCACUAUUUGCUAUUAUAAAACAACAAACAGCAGCAGUAUGGAUG